AUGUCGGACAACGAGGACCGCGAACACGACGAGACGCUGGAAGAAGAGACGAUGGAGGAUGAUUCGAUCGUCGCCGACGACGGUGAAGAAGGAGAGGACCAAGACGACGAAGAAGUCACCGAGGCCGAGCUCUCCACCGCCGGCUCGUCAAGGUCCAAGUCGAAGAAGAAGGGCGGCAAGGGCAAGAAGGGCAAAAAGGGCAAGAAGAACAUCGACAGCGGCGCCCCCAACCCGGCCACCGCCUCCUCAGACGAAAUCGCCGAGUACCACGGCUUCACCAACGAGGAUCUCGAAUACAGCGACGAAGACUUUGCCACCAUCACCUCGCUGCGGGCGUGGACGACCACCUUCCGCCCGCGCCUCAUGGAGAUCAACCCGGGCGUCAACGCGACGAAGCUGCUGCCACUUCUCAACGCCAAGUAUCGCGAAUUCCAGGAAGAAGCACUCAAUUCGGGCAAGGCGCCGGCCAAGAAGGUGAUUGGCAAAUCUGCCGCGGUCGCCACGCCAGUUGCUGAAAAGACGGAGAAGGUGGCCCCGCUCAAGGUUCGCCUCUCCAACCGGAAGCGCACCCGCCGAAAUGACGACGAUGACGAGGGCGGCAACUCGGACCAAGAAUUCGAUCGCCUCCUCCGCGAACACGACAAGAACCUCGACGAGCAGGACCGCGAAAAAGAAGAACGCAAGGCCGAGCGGCGCCAGCAGAAGCAGACCAACAAGCGCGCCGAGCUCGAGAAGGCCGCCGCCGACCGGAAGAAGCGCAAAGAGGAGGGCACGCUGGAAGAGGAGCACCAGGACUACUGUGAGGCGUGCCAGAAGGGCGGUGAGGUGCUGCUCUGCGACACGUGCCCGAAGGCCUACCACAUGGUGUGCGUCGACCCGGACAUGGAGGAAGCCCCCGAAGGCGUGUGGUGCUGCCCGCACUGUGAAGAAAACGGGCCCCCCGUCGAAGAAGUGGAGGAAGGGCGCAAGAACAUGGAAUACUGCCGCAUCUGCAAGGAAGGAGGUGGAAUGCUGCUCUGCGAUCACUGCCCGUCGUCGUACCACCCGUACUGCAUCUACCCGCUGCCCGAAGAGCUUCCCGGCGAUGACGAGGAAUGGGCGUGCCCCCGCUGCACAUGCGAGCAGCCCAAGCAGAAGACCGAGCGCGUGCUGUCCUGGCGGUGGAUACAAAUCGAGUACCCGGAGCCGGAAGCCCGCCCAGCUGACGCCGACCCUACCGAGCCACGCCUGCGCCCGCCUCGCAAGAUGGAGCCCCGUCGCGAGCGCGAAUUCUUCAUCAAGUGGAAGUACAUGUCGUACUGGCACUGCGAGUGGGUUAACGAGACGGUGCUCGACGUCUGGUACCCGCACGUGCUGCGAAUGUACUGGCGGAAGGCCGACCCGGAAGUGCCGCCCGAGGUCGACGACGGAUCGACCGAGGACAUGGACACCGGCCGCAUCGACAACAAGGAGAAGGAGAAGAACCCGCACAACCUCGAGGAGAAAUACUACCGAUAUGGGAUUAAGCCCGAGUGGAUGCAGGUCCACCGGGUGAUCAAUCACCAAGAAUACAGCAAGACCCAGUUCGACUACCUCGUCAAGUGGAAGGAGCUCGUCUACGAACAGGCCACGUGGGAACGCGACGACAUGGACAUUCCACUCUACGAAGACGCCAUCCUCAAGUACUGGAGCCACCGCGAGAAGAUGGUCGGCGACACACCGCCCAAGCACAUCCGCAAGCUCAUCGAGAAGAAGCGCGAGGCCAAGGGACUGCCGGCCACCGAGGACGAGCCGAGCACCAGCGACCGCAAGAAGGAUAAAAAGAAGAAGGACAAGUCGGGCGGCGUCGUCAAGUACGAGGUCCAGCCCGACUACCUCGACGAAACCGGCGGCAAGCUUCACCCAUACCAGCUGGAAGGCUUGAACUGGCUGCGCCACAGCUGGUCGAACGGGACCGACACGAUCUUGGCUGAUGAGAUGGGUCUCGGCAAGACUGUGCAGAGCUCGACGUUCCUCUACACGCUCCUGAAAGAAGGACAUUCGAAGGGCCCGUUCCUGAUCGCCGCGCCCCUCUCCACGAUCAUCAACUGGGAGCGCGAGAUGGAGUUCUGGUGCCCGGACUUCUACGUCGUCACCUACGUUGGCGACAAGGACUCGCGCAUGGUCAUCCGCGAGCACGAGUUCUCGUUCCUCGAGGGCGCCGUCAAAAGUGGAGCCAAGGCGAGCCGGCUGAAGACCGAGCAAGGCAUCAAGUUCCACGUGCUCCUCACCUCCUACGAGCUGAUCAACGUCGACAAGGCAAUCCUCUCUUCGAUCGAAUGGAAGGCUCUCGUCGUCGACGAAGCUCAUCGCCUCAAGAACAACCAGUCACUCUUCUUCCGCACGCUGCGCGACUUCAAGAUCGACUACCGCCUGCUGCUCACCGGCACGCCCUUGCAGAACAACCUCGAAGAGCUCUUCCAUCUGCUCAACUUCUUGGCCUACGAGCGCUUCAACAACCUCGAGGCGUUCACCCAAGAAUUCGCCGAGAUCUCGAAGGAGGACCAGAUCCAGAAGCUCCACUCCCUGCUCGGCCCCCACAUGUUGCGCCGCCUCAAGGCCGAUGUCCUCAAGAACAUGCCCAGCAAGAGCGAGCUCAUCGUGCGCGUGGAGUUGGCGCCGAUGCAGAAGAAGUACUACCGCGCCAUCCUCACCCGCAACUUUGAAGCCCUAUCCGUGCGCAACGGCGGAUCCCAAAUGUCGCUGCUCAACAUUCUGAUGGAGCUGAAGAAGUGCUGCAACCACCCCUACCUCUUCGCCAAGGCCAGCAUUGAGGCGCCGAAACUGAAGAAUGGGAUGUACGAGGGCCCGGCGCUGGUGAAGGCUUGCGGCAAAUUGGUGCUGAUGCAGAAGAUGCUGCGGAAACUGAAGGACGGCGGCCAUCGUGUGCUCAUUUUCUCACAGAUGACGCGCAUGAUGGACGUGCUCGAAGACUUUUGCGAGAACGAGGGCUACAAGUACGAGCGCAUCGACGGCUCCAUAACGGGACAAAUGCGUCAAGACGCCAUCGAUCGGUUCAACGCGCCCGGCGCGCAGCAGUUCAUCUUCUUGCUGUCGACGCGUUCCGGAGGUCUGGGCAUCAACCUGGCCACCGCCGACACCGUGAUCAUCUACGACUCGGACUGGAAUCCCCACAACGAUAUCCAGCAAAACAAGGUGAUGAUCUACCGUUUCGUCACGCGCAACUCGGUGGAGGAACGGAUCACGUCGGUGGCCAAGAAGAAGAUGUUGCUCACCCACUUGGUCGUCCGCGCCGGCCUCGGCCAAAAGGGGCCCAGCAUGAGCAAGACCGAGCUCGACGACGUGCUCAGAUGGGGUACGGAGGAGCUGUUCAAGGACGACGGUGAAGAAACGGGCGAGGGCGGCGAGAAGAAGGCGGCCGAGAAUGAGAUUGUGUGGACGGACGACGCCGUCGAUGUUCUUCUUGACAGAACUCGCGGCGAAGAAGACAAGAAGGAGGAAGUCGACGGCAAGAAGAAGGAGCACUGGACGAACGAGUACCUCUCGUCGUUCAAGGUCGCUACCUACACGACGAAAGAAGCCGAAGAAGAGGAGGAAGAGCCAGAGGAGCGCGAGGUGAUCAAGCAGGCCGGAAACGAGGACGACCCCGACUACUGGGAGAAGCUCCUGCGCCAUCACUUCGAGCAAGACCAAGAAGUCGAGAGCCAGAAGCUUGGCAAGGGCAAGCGCGUCCGCAAGCAGGUCAACUACGCUUCGGAGAACAUGGGAGCCGACUGGAACAAGAAGCAACAAAACGACGACGAGGACUUCCAGUACUCGGACGGCGCUGAGGGCUCGGAGGGCGAGGGCACGGAUGCCGAAUUUGAUGGCGAGAAACGACGCAAAGAGCGCGACGGUGAAAAGAUGCCCCCACUCUUGGCAAAGGUCAAUGGACAGCUGGAGGUCCUUGGGUUUAACCCCCGCCAGAGAAGGGCGUUCUACAACGCCUACAUGCGCUGGGGAAUGCCCCCGCACGAGAGCUUCGCAAGCCAAUGGCUGGUACGAGAUCUGAAGGGCAAGUCGGAGCGCGCCUUCCGCGCCUACAACUCCCUCUUCACCCGCCACCUUUGCGAGCCCGGCGGCGACAACCAGGAGGCGUUCAAUGAUGGUGUCCCCCGAGAAGGCAUCAACCGCCACCACGUGCUCAGCCGCAUCGGCGCCAUGAUGAUGAUCAGGCGCAAGGUGCAGGAGUUCGAGUCGUCAAACGGCGACUGGUCCGUGCCGGAGAUUCGUGACAACAUGCUCGAAGCGGCCGGAGCGAAAGAAGCAAAGGAUAGCCAGACGAACAGCCGCGAAGCCAGCCAAGCCCGGGAGGACAGCGCAUCUGCCGCCCCGAAACAAGAAGCCUCGGAAAAUGGAGAGAACGCCGCCCCAGAAGCCAACGGCGACGAAGCAAUGGACACGACGGACGUGAAGCCGGAUGCCGAGAAGACCGCCUCGAAGCCGCUCGAUAAGAAGAACCGGCCGCCGUUCAAGUUCAACAUCGCCGACGGCGGCUUCACCGAGCUGCACACGCUGUGGCUGAACGAGGAGAAGGCGGCGGUGCCCGGGAACGAGUACGAGAUUUGGCACCGGCGUCACGACUACUGGCUGCUCGCCGGCAUUGUCACUCACGGAUACGGGCGCUACCAAGACAUUCAAGCAGAUCCGCGCUUCUCGAUCAUCAACGAGCCGUUCAAGAUGGAGCUGGGCAAGGGCAACUUUGCCGAAAUCAAGAACAAGUUCCUGCAGCGCCGUUACAAGCUUCUCGAACAAGCACUGCUCAUCGAAGAGCAGCUUCGCCGCGCCUCCCACAUCAACAUUGUCAACCAGCCGCAGAACGACGGCACCGAACAGCUGGCACAGCGCUUCGCCGACAUCGAGAACCUCGCCGAAUCGAACGCGAACAUUGCGCGCGACUCGGCCGCCGGCAACCGCAACGCCAACGUCGUGCUCCACAAGACGCUCGCCCAACUCGAGGAGCUGCUCACCGACAUGAAGGCCGACGUCUCUCGUCUACCCGCCACACUUCAGCGUCUACGACCCGUCACCGCAAGGCUGGGCAUGACCGAGAGAGCCAUCCUACAACGACUCACCACAAAGGACACCGAGGCCGUCGCUGGGAAGAGCCCUUUGCCACCGCCCGGCCCGUUCUGCACGCCGACUCUCGGACAACAACUCGCCGGUAUCCAGCCCAAGUUUGCCGCGCUGCGUGAAAAGAACGGCGAUGUGAUGGACACGCCGCCGGAGUUGGACGAGAACGCCGAGAAGGAGGUGCCGACCCUGGAGAAGGAGGUGCCGGCGACCGAGGAGCCGAAGGAGGGGAUGGAGGUUGAGGAGAAGCCGGCGGCCCUGCAAGACGAGAUCAAGGAAGAAGCCGUCGCCCCAGCCGCUGAAGAAGCCCCAGCCCCCGUCGCGGCCGCCGAGGAGCAGCCGAUGGACUGCAGCGCCAAAGAA